CAGCAGAAGAAGAAGGAGACGAAGAAGAAGGAAGGCGAGCUUUUUGAUACCAGGCCACGACCUGCCACGGCGAGUCGCUAACAUAUAAAAGGUUACAUAACUUCGAAAAUUGUGAAUAGAUCUUAGCUUUGUGUAAUCUUCCUAGAGGGAGGCGUCGAGACAAGUCUCUUCUGCAGCACCUUUCCAUUGAUAUUUUGACUUUGGCACAUCAUUUCAUCAAUUUCAAACGGAUCAUCAUGGCUGAUGAUUUUGACGUUGAGGCCAUGCUGGAGGCUCCAUUCAGAAAGAUAUUGCAGUUGUGGAGCUUCAUGGUUCCAGCACAUGUGCCAUGUCAUGUUUUUAUGGCAAAACACAGGGCAAGAUGUGUGACAGAGGUGGCAUCGAGCUCUUACAGUCCAAGAACGAAAAUGGGUGAAGAUCACUGGACUGACACCAACCACACAGGAUCUCUUUUAGUGGUCGUGGGCCAUGCGUGGUCACAUGAUUAAGCACAAAUAGUGGCUUUGGUACGACCUAUAAGGAGGGGAAUGGUGGAGAUGAUCUGAAAGCUUCCUGAACUCUGCUAAUAUGUUGGAGACUCCCUUAACUUUGCUUUGUUGCAUUAAGUACUGAGCAGCCUUGUAAAAAGCAGAAGUGGGAUGGGAAGCUAUUGGGGUGGUGGAAGGACACUGUCCAGACAUGACAGUAGGAAGUUUUGAAGUAUUAUUAUUAUUAUUAUUAAUUAUAUACAUUCUGCAUUUUCUCUUGUCCCACCUCCACCCCCUUUACCUUGACGACUUGAAAUGUUUCAUCUACGUCCUCAUGAUGUUCUUCUAUCAACCUUGCUUAGGAUGAGAUCAGGUCCUCUCAUGCAAAUGGACAUGACGGCCAAAACAAGAAGAAAAGGAGGAGUCGUAGUAAGAGCCGAAGCCCAGGCUCUAAGAAGAAAAGGAGCAGAAGCAGAGACAAAAAGAAGAGUAAGAAGAGGAGCAAGAGCAGAGAAAGAAAACGGAGCCGCAGCAGGGAGCGGCAUCGGAGCGGCUCCCGAAGCAAGGAGCGCUCCGGGCGCUACAGGGCCCGCAAGAGCCCGGUCCGGAAACGUUCCAAAAGCCGCAGCCCUUUCAAAAAAGAGAAGAGUCCCAUCCGAAACUUUGAGGAUGCUAUCGGGCAGUAUAACAAAAUCAGGGAGCAACCGAUUGACAAUCUCACACCAGAGGAGAGGGAUGCCCGCACAGUGUUCUGUAUGCAGCUGGCUGCGAGAAUCAGAGCUCGAGACCUGGAAGACUUCUUCUCGGCUGUCGGAAAAGUAAGAGAUGUGAGAAUGAUAUCGGACAGAAACUCCAGGAGGUCAAAGGGCAUCGCAUACAUCGAGUUUGUGGAGUCUUCCUCUGUACCGCUGGCUAUCGGUUUGACCGGCCAGAGGCUGUUAGGAGUGCCCAUCAUCGUCCAGGCCUCGCAGGCCGAGAAAAAUCGCGCUGCAGCUGCGGCCAACAAUCUACAGAAGGGCAGCUCAGGCCCGAUGAGGCUGUACGUCGGCUCGCUGCACUUCAACAUCACUGAGGAAAUGCUGCGAGGGAUCUUUGAGCCUUUUGGAAAGAUCGAGGGAAUCCAGCUAAUGAUGGACAGUGAGACCGGACGAUCCAAAGGAUAUGGCUUCAUAUCGUUUUCAGAUGCAGAAUGUGCAAAGAAGGCCCUGGAGCAGCUGAACGGCUUUGAGCUGGCCGGACGUCCGAUGAAGGUGGGGCAUGUUACAGAGCGCUCCGACUCGUCGACAGCCAGCUCCUUCCUGGACAACGAUGAGCUGGAGAGGACCGGCAUCGACCUCGGCACCACGGGGCGCCUUCAGCUGAUGGCUCGACUAGCAGAAGGAACUGGUCUGAAGAUCCCUCCUGCCGCUCAGCAGGCUCUACAGAUGACCGGGUCCAUACCCUUCGGAAACAUUUCUCAACAAUCUGUUCAUUCUCAAGCGCAAAGCCAUGGCUUGAACCUCCCGUCACAACCGCUGGCCACUCACUGCCUUCAGCUCUCCAACCUGUUCAACCCACAAGCAGAAAACGAUCUCACCUGGGCCGCUGAGAUCCAAGAUGAUGUUAUUGAAGAGUGUAACAAACAUGGAGGGAUUGUUCACAUUUAUGUUGAUAGGAACUCUGCUCAAGGUAACGUGUACGUGAAGUGUCCCUCAAUACCAGCAGCGAUGGCCACUGUAAAUGCACUUCAUGGACGCUGGUUUGCAGGCAAAAUGAUAACGGCUGCCUACGUUCCCUUACCAACCUACCACAACCUUUUCCCUGAUUCAGUCACAGCGAAGCAGCUUCUAAUGCCGACACGUCGAUAGUCUGAGACAUGCUUAAGAAAUUCAGUGUAAAUACAUUUGUUUGCAGUCAUGGAGGUGUCGUUGAAACAGACGCUUUGAAAUUAGAUGGCUGUGUGUAAUAAAAGUUGCCUCAACCUCCUGUGUUCACCAUUGAAGAAUAGGCAGGGUUUUUUUGUUUUGUUGCUUUUCACAUUUUUUGUGGGUUUGUGUUGUAAACUACCACGAGAAGUAAUCUGCAGUUAUCUAUUGGUCUGUAUGUUUUUAAAUAUUCCUGUCUUAUCUGCUUGUUUAAAUCACCAAUUUUAGAUUUAAAAUUGCAAAAGAGUUACAAAACUGUUGGGUUAUAGGCCUUAAAUGCCAAAAGUAUAUCAAUGUCGACAAUAAUCCUUUGUAACUUUUUACAGCCAUAAUUUCAUUUUUUGUAUGAAGGCUCCCAAUAAACUUUGGCAAAUUUGACAAUUCA